AUGAAGGCGCUCAUCUAUAAUGGAGUCGGAAAGUGCAAGCUUGUAGACAAGGAAAUCCCUCGGCUUGACGGUGGCCUCGACGCUCUGGUAAAGAUGCAGCGAACAACCAUCUGUGGCUCAGACCUUCACAUCCUCAAAGGAGAUGUCCCCACGUGCACGGUCGGUAGGACUUUGGGCCACGAGGGUAUUGGCGUGAUUGAGGAAAUCGGACAAGAGGUCAAGAAUUUCAAAAGGGGCGACCGAGUGCUGAUUCGAUGUAUCACUUGCUGCGGUACCUGUCAGUUCUGCAAAAAGAACAUGGCUGACUGCUGUGUAAAGGCAGGCUGGAUACUCGGCCACACCGUUGAUGGAAGCCAGGCUGAAUAUGUUCGCAUCAAGUACGCCGACACGUCCCUAUACCAUGUACCCGACGGCGUCGAUGAGCGCACACUGCUUUUAUUCAGCGACAUCCUCCCAACAGGCUUGGAAGUCGGCGUCCUCCGUGGAAAGGUGACUCCCGGAUGUACUGUUGCAAUAGUGGGAGCAGGACCGGUGGGUCUUGCAGCUGGACUGACCGCGCAGCUCUAUGCGCCCCGCAAGCUUGUCUUCUUUGACAUGGAUGACUACCGUCUCUCCGUCGCCAAGAGAAUGGGCGCCACACACGUCUAUAACGCCAGUAACCUAAAAGGCACAGUCCGGGAUCUUGCAGCAGAGCACAUCGACGAGGCCGAUGGCUUUGACGUCGUCAUGGAAGCCGUUGGGAUCCCCGCGACCUUUAACAUGUGUGAGGAACUUGUCGGAAAAGGCGGGCAUAUUGCAAAUAUUGGCGUGCAUGGGAAGAGUGUCAACUUACACAUCGAGCGGCUGUGGGCUAGGAGCACGACAAUUAGUAUGGCGCUGGUGUCGGCGCACACGAUUCCGACGUUGUUGGAUUUGUUUGCUGCCGGCAAGAUUAACGGGAGCGCAAUGGUCACGCACGACUUCAAGUUCAGUGAAAUCGAGAAAGCUUACGAUCAUUUCGGACGGGCAGCCGAGACAAAGUCUUUGAAGGUCAGCAUUGAGUUUCAGACGUGA